AGGAAUGAUUUCCCGUCGCUGGUUGAUGACGUGUGUGUAUGGUCAUCGCUGCGCCGCUCGUGUUAUUUUUCGCGGUGGGUUCAUCAGGACAGAAAAACGUGACCAUUAAAGUUAAAAACAGAGACUCCUAAAAACAUGUCUUUCAACGACGAUGGAUCCUCUGAUCUCGGACUGGCUGGUCAAUCAAAGUUGGAGAGUUUCCUGUUCAGUAAGAUUCCGUUUCUUGUUACAGUUUAUUCUCAGCUCUGUGGGCUCACACGUGGGUCUCAGUGAAGCAUGGUGUGUUUGUCACUAACACUUUAUUUUAUGAAGAUUGAGCCAACACAGGAGCGUAUAUUUGAACUUAUAUCGUGGUCUUUCCUCCAGGUCAAGAGUUGUCCUCCAAAGUCCCUUUCUUCACUUUCCAGGGGGACGAGGAGGAGGACCUGGAGCAUUUCCUUGAACUCAGAACAGUAUGUACAACUGUGACACAGACUCUGUCAAUACAAGAAAAGAGUAUGAAAACAGAUGUCACUGAAAAAUGUGAUUUUAAAGUCACAUCUCCAUAAAUAAUAACUCUAAAGUCUGUGUUUUACUCCUGCAGAUAUGUUUAGGAGAAGGUGCCAAAGAGGAGAGUAAUGUGGUUGAGGUUACAGCCAUGAACCACCAAGGGAAGAAUAUUUCUGUGCCCAUCGCCAACCUCCACAUCAGCUGUCUGCCCAUGGUAUGUUACUCUGAUGUCUGUUAGGAUUCAGGGUAAUGAAGUACACCUGUGAGAGAUGAAUCCAGAGGAGGGAAAUACUGCAGGACAGUCAGGAGUCGAGUGUGAAAAAUAAUCAGGGGGGGGGAUGGUGGAUUUUAUUGUUUGGGACAGAUAUUUUGUUCUGAUGACUGUGCACAGAGUGGGAAACCGACCAUGCACCCAUUUUAAGAUAAUUAUCAUUUUAUAUCAUCCCUCAGAUUGAACUGUCCAUGAAAACACGGUGAUGGUGUUAGGAUUUAUUUACAGCCGACCUUCCAAAGUGCAGUGCAAAAAAAUGGUAAAAUACUAUUUACAAAAUGUACAAGGCAAAAAAGAAAAUACCAACAAGGCAGGAUUUUCACUAUAACUCCAGAGAAAAAAACAUAAACACAGCAGCAGCACAAAAGUCAGUUUGGCAUUUACCUUCCAUACAACAAACUCCAGUCUGGAAGAAAGAAAGGUACAGGCAGCCCUCUAUUUAACCCCCCUAGACCCUCCCAGAGAGCGUUAUCAAUUCCAUAAAUUUGGAAAAAAACUUCUUUAUUCACAUUUAAACCAUUUACCCUUCGAAACCCUGUAAGUUUUGCUAUUUUAGUUUUUACACAAAUCAGUGGAGCAUAAAUUUUUUAGGGAUUCUUCUCAAACAACAAGGGAAUUAAUUUUACUUACAUCAUGUGACCACUUUGACACCGCUAAACAUUGAAAUUGCAGCAAUAUUUCUAAUAUUGAAAUAGUAAUAUUUCCACAUUCAUUGACAAAAAUGGCUGAAGGGAUAGAAAGUUAGGAUGACCGUUUUAGAAAGGGGAUCAUUUUGACCAUUUUCAUUUCAGGGGGGAUUUAUACCACAUCGGAUAGAGGAUUUCGAGUAUUCAUACUUAACUUUGUAUCAAUUUCAGUGAAAGUUUAGUUAUUGGGUGCAUUUUAAGAAAAAUCAUGUCACUAAUGCCUUUAAAAGACCGUUUAAAUGCCAAAAAAAAGACCAUUAGGAGCCUGAGUGAUAUUUUUGAGACCUGAAAUCACCGUUGAAGGGAUAUUCCCGUGUAAAAUUAAUUUAGGGUCAAUUUCACUGCAACGCAGAGUUAGACACCCCCUUGAGAGUUAGAUCAGUACUUAUAUUUCAAUCAUGUUUUCCACACAGUUAUACCUAUUAUAUUUCACCUGGAUAUAAAGGUGUGUAAUGUUUUUUACUCUCAGUGUGUAGCUCAUGUUUUGAACUUUCUUUUUUCAGGUGAGUCUGGGAGAGUUUGAACUGAAAGCCCCGGUGACCAUCCGGCUCAAGUCCGGGACAGGACCAGUUACUAUUAGUGGGUUACACCUCAUAGGUAAAUAUUAAAAAGAAGUCUAUUUUGAAUGAACUGUCUGUGAAUAUUGAAGGGAAUACAUUUAGAUGAUUGAAUUAUUUUGGCUUUCAAGUGGACAAUUACAGCAGCUGCUUAACAAACAGUGUGCUUUUGGAACUAAAUGUUUAAUUUGAGUCAAUCAACUGCACUGAAAGAAUAGCUCGCUUAUAUUUGUAAAAAGGAACAGAGAUCUUUAAAAAAAACAAGAUUCAGGACUAAAUUGAUGGAGCGUUGUAUUUCUGUAAAAGGAACCAGUUUGUGGAUAAAUCUGAAAAAAGACAUCAAAGAAUCAAAGUCAAACAUUACAUUUAAAAGAUUAAUUGUUUUAGUGGCAUUAACUGAAUUGUAACUUGGGAACUAAAUGGUAAAUGACUGUCUGUGGUGGCCAGCAGCUAUAUUUUUAUUUCAUUAUAUAUUUUUUUGUUGUGUUUUGUUUAUGCUGUUGUUGCUUUUUUUAUUUUUUUUUUAUUAUUAUAAGUUUGUUCUUUUUAAAUUGAUUUCUGGGGAUAAAGGGGCAGAUAAAAUAAGAUUAGUCUUCUUUCUGCUCCCUUUCAUUCCAGAUAGGAGAACAUUUGUAUUUAAAUUAUAUUGUUUCUUUUUAUUUUUUAAGGAAUGAAAUAAAGAAUAAAUGAAAUGAAAAGGUAAAUCCAUCAGGUUUUAAAAUAUAUGUUCAUUUUCUUCAGUUUUUCUUGAAUUUUAUAAAAGUUUUAGUCAUUAUCAGGCGAGAAAAUGUCGUAAAUCUCCUUUUAGAAAGCCGAAGACCUUUGCUCCUUUUUUUUUUUUUUCGAUAUAUUUAAGUUAAAGUUUUAAAAAUCAGCCGUCGGUUAUCCUCAAACAUCUCUGAAAUACAAAUGUAUCCCAACUCAGCGUCAGACCCGUCCUUCAGCUCUGUAAUGAGUGUGUGACUCUGCAUCAAACUCGGCGAGCAUGAGGUCAACGAAGAGCACAGAUUAAAUCAACAGAACCUUUCUGGCCUUUAAAUGAUCCAAUAUCAGGAUUCAAUAUGAGAUGUGCUUUUACAUUAUCCUCUCUAAUCCUGCAGCCUCACAGGUGGAAGAGUCUGACCUGUCUGACGACGACGAUUUUGAUGAGGAAGAGGAGGACGAGGAAGAGAUCACCCCUAUUAAACCGGCCAAGAAGAAGCUGAAGCAGUAGGUGGAGAGGUCACUGAUGGCUUUUUGGACCUGCCUCAUUCCUCUGCUACGGUGUGUCGGGUAAUAUGAGGGGUUUUGUACCAGACGGACGUUUUUCACUUUGAAAUUGUCGCCUCCUCACUCAUCAGUUCACCACUGUUCACCACAGUUUAACGAUCUGUGACUAAGAGCUUCACUCAAAGAACUGUUUUUGCUACCUGGCAUUUUAAGUCAACACUUCCAACUGCACCAGUGAUGGAGAAACCUCUUUUACCAGAAGAUUCAUGUAUGUUUAAAGACGGUGUAAUCAAAUUCAGUGUUUGCUUGAGUGCGUGUGUGAGUGUGUGUGUGUGUGUGUGUGUGGGUUUCUAGGUGAACUGUGAUUCCAGCUGACUGGUGCUCAGAUUAUUUACAUGCAUACAGUUUUAUUAAAUGUUCUCAGUGCACAGAUUGAUCACAACUUCUGGUUUGUAGUUCUAAAACUGGUUUUCUAUGUGAAAUGUCAAUCAUACACGUGAAGAUUUUGUACUUAAAAGUUGAACACAUCCCAAAAAUGAUUGCUUCUUUUCUUUUUUUUUCUUCAAGUUGAUCCUGAAUGUAAAAUUUUAAUCCAAUUAAAAUUAAAUAAGGACAGUUUUUGUAUCUGCAAGGCCACACGGGACGUAGUGCCUUUUUUAAAGCACACAGUAAAGAGAACAGUUCAAUAAAGAUGUCACAAUAAAUCGUUAUUUACA